UUCCUUCUGUUAAAGGUAUUAUUGUAGAUAUCAAUAUUUAUAAUACAAAAUUAAUUUACAUAAAAUAUAAACAUGUAAAGUUUAAAGAUCAAGGACCUUGCUUGAAGAGAGAAAUUAUUUUUUCAGAGGAUGAGACUGAACUAACAUUAGAAUUAUCUAAUAAUAUUGAUCCUGACGAAGAAAUAUCAAUUAAAUAUUCAAAAGGAGUUAUAAGAAUUUUAUUAAAAAUAUCACAAAUCAAAAUAAAAUGA